AUGGACGAAUUCCUGGCAGCAGUUGGCGUACAGGCCAUGAGAUACGCUAUACGGUCUGGCAUUGCCUUGACUUCCUCUUACGCCAUCAACCAGUGCUCUCGUCUGCUCAAAGCAGUUGAUGAUAAGAAUCUCCAUUCCGAGUUGAGGAUACUUCAGAAGCACCUCGAUAGUAAAAUCAAAGUUAUCUCUCCUGCCAUUAACCUGGUAGAGCUCAAAUCUGGGCGAGGAAACGUCUUUCUCGAAUCUGCGCUCCCUCUUGCAAAAUCUCUCCAUAAGCAGAUCGUCUCGCUGGGCCGUCGUGCAGAAGCCGCCGCCGCUGCUCAAGAGCACAGCCAACGCUCAGGAGUCAGCUCACCAAAUAAAGAAACCAGCCAAGAUGCGUUGAAGAAGGUGAUUGGAGAUUUAAAGAAUCUUCUGAGCGAGAUUGACCGAGACAUCCCUCUACUGCAACUGGCCAUAUCGGCUUCUGGUGAAAGCCUGUCUACUUCUCUCCCUUCUGGAAUAUCUCCCUCUCGGCUGCUACAAGCUAGUACCCUAUUAAUUGUCGGAGAUACGCAAUACGCGCAGGACCCUCGAAGAUCUAUACAGAUUGGACCUUCAUAUACGCUAUCUGUUUACAUGCUAUUCUUGGGGCAUGCUACAGUUUCGUCCGCGCCCAAGGACGGUAAUCUACGGCCAUCCGUUGAAAAUACAAUGAGUACAGAUACAAAGGCACAAGGUCCGGUCUAUGGGCUGAGAGAGCAUGAUAGAAAGCCAUUGUGGCAAGAAGCGAUACACAAGGCGCGAGUGCGUUUAUGCAGAUCGGCAUGCGACCCAACCAUCGAGGAGAAUGAUUGUGAUGGGCAAAACUACAAUACUUCCGGUUCUAUUGGGAGCUUGAAUUAUGCAUAUCAUCUUGAAAUCGUUGAAGAUUUAGAUGACAAUCGCGUUCAUGAAGACCUGGGCUCAUCACAACCACACCAUGGCAUCCCAAAUGCUGGUAUACGUGAGCUGAUUCCCAUCCAUCAAUUCGCCAAGAUAUUCUACACCGACACUGGCAGAUUACUCAACAUUGGAGACGGAACAGAUGGAGAGAAUAAUCCAGUUCUACUACUUAAACGAGAUAUCAAUGCAACUCGGCUGCAGAGGCCAGAAUAUGCUAUGCAUGGCGAAGUAGCCGAUACUAGUGAUGAUGACAGCAAGUUGGAAAUGGACGAAUAUAACCAAGCUGAUGUAGACCAACAACUUUUCGGAGAGUCACAGUCAAAAUCACCUACUUCUCAAAGCUCUAAGAAGGCCAAAGACAUUUGCGUCACUGCUCUUCCCAAACAUCUGGAUCCCGAGUGGAUAGCUUUUGAGGUUUUUGAAGAAGACGACGAGCAGAGCGAUACAAGCUCAAAUUCGGACAUCGACGCAGGUUUAUCAGAUGAAGUUGAUGGAAGCGGCCAUUCACCAGGGAAAACGUCGCCGCGGCUUCGCACUGCCAUGGACUCGACCCUAGUUUCCCAGAUCAAGAACCUCUCCAUUCACCCUACGUCACGCGACGGCCUUAUCCUCAGCAAAUCAGACAGUAAGGUUGGACAGUCAUCGCGAGACUUGACAGUAGAUUCAGCCAGCGAGGCGCAAGACUUUGUCUCGCGGUCACCGUUCGGGGCUAUCACUACAUCGCUCUCUUUGAUCGAGAUGCUUAUUCGGCUAGCCGGCCUUCAGGAAUUCCAGCAAGCUUCUCAUUUGUCUAUUCCAGAUCACAUCUUGACGUUUUUCUUGGAAGAAACAUCAACGACAGGAUUGACUGGGGAGGCUAUGUGGAGGGCUAGGAGUGAAACGAAGCAACAAGUAGGCUUUGAUCCAUAUACUGACACUACGUAA